AUGACACAGAUCAUGCCCCUACAUGUACUUUCAUCUCCGAUCACAUUUGGAACUGCUCCCCCUGCCCCUCCUCCGCACUCUGAGUUCUACUGUGAGCUUUGUGAAUCCAACUGCUCCAGUGAGAAACAGAUGCUUCAGCAUCUCAGUGGAGAGAGGCACAGGAUGAUGGUGAAAGGAAUGGAAGUUAUGCUGGCGGGAGAUCCUAAACUUGACGAGGAUAUCAACCCUUACAAUCUACCAGAGGUUUGGUUACGUGAAAGAAAGCACUGUAAUCUCUGUGAUGUUCCCAUUGAAUCAAUAAGAAUUGCCAAGAUUCAUUUCAACAGCAAACUUCACAGAGAAGCAGCAGGACUGAAUGUGUUGCCUGCAAAUGCUGAGAUGACCUAUAUCUCCGAGGGCCCUCAUCAUUGUACUAUUUGCAACUUCAGAACUAAAACAGAAACAGAGCUAAAAACACAUAACGCUGGAAUUCGUCAUCUGGAAAAUUUCCGAACUAAACAAGCAGUAGAGGCCAAGGGACAUAACUGGAAUCCGCACAAUCCGUCCCCUCCUUUACCCCCAAAAUAUUCAGUAAUAGCAGAAGCUCUCCCGCAAGCCUGGGGUGGACCUGGUAUGAUGGGUCCAGGGAUGAUGGGUCCAGGGAUGAUGGGACCUGGUAUGAUGGGACCUGGAAUGAUGGGUCCUGGUAUGAUGGGACCAGGUAUGAUGGGUCCAGGGAUGAUGGGGCAUGGCAUGAUGGGUCCCGGGAUGAUGGGUCCUGGGAUGAUGGGCCCUGGAAUGAUGGGCCCUGGGAUGAUGGGCCCUGGAAUGAUGAGACCAGGAAUGCGACCAGGUAUGAUGGGUCCUGGAGGAAUGAUGCCAGGGCCUCGGGGACCUAUAAUGGGACCUGGAUGGGGUCCUGGUCCUCAUGGAAUGGGAGGACCUGGAAUGGGAAUGGGUCCAACAGGCAACGAGCUACCACCUGGGGAGGGACCUCCUGAAAUAGGGGAGGCUUCAAUGGGCAAUGGGCCCCCAGGACCACUAGGACCAAAUGCGCUGAUGGAAUGCCAGCAAAAUUUUUCAGACCAAGGAAAAUCUGUGGACAAAAUCCCUGACAAUGUGACAUUCAAGGAGUACUAUUGCACAAUAUGCAAGACCCAGACAGAGAAUGAAGCUGAUUUUGAGGCACACAACAACUCUGAGGAACAUGCUAUUAAUGAGGCUAAUGUUGAGGUGUUUACUUGUCGUCUAUGCAAAAUAAAUCUUACAUCUACAUAUGAUUACAAUAUGCAUCUGGAAAGUCCCAACCACCAGAGGGCAAUUGGAUUAAAACAGCAAAGGGAUCACAUGCGGGCAAUGGGACAGUUUGUGCCAGACAGUGAUGAUGAGGAAGGACAAGAGGAACAACAGUUCCUUCCUGAACCAUUAUCAGAGAAUGGAGUAAAGGGGAGGUUCAAAACUCACCCCUGGCAUUGUGGUCUUUGCAACUCAUGGUUUCAGUCCAUAACAAUUCUUAAGUUCUAUCACAGUGUGACAGAGGAGCAUUUAGCUCUUGCCAACAGUGUCGAGAAAGCUGGAGCAGUGACCUGCCUCAUAUGCAAGGUUGCGGGGGAUAAUGCUGCAGAUAUGAUGGACAAAUGCGCUACUAAGCAAAAAAUGAGGAUUAUUGGCGCACACAGACAAUACAGCUGUGAGAUGUGCGAUGUUCAUUUAUCUGAACAAGAAUGGUUGGACAACCAUAAUGGAGGGGAAAAGCAUAGAUGGACUGUAGACCGAGUGGAGAAGAAUUUGCCUGUUCAGUUCCAGCCAGUAGAUGUGCAAGUUAUUCAGAAGACUGGUUUCAAUCCAUUCAACGGGGCCCCACAGUUCUGGCAGGAAUUCAGAUGUGCAGUAUGUAAGGUGGGGUUCACCCCUAUUGAGAGGUAUAAGAAGCAUAUCGGCAGUUUGUUCCACGUCAGGCGAUGCGCAGGAGAGGAUGUCAAAUGGAUUGAUAAUGGAAAUAACUGAAUCUGUUCGGUGCUGGAGUAGAGAAGGAUGAGUUCAGAAGAAAAAGUUGAAAAUUAUUCUUUAAAUUUUAAUGACAGAUUU